AUGGCUUCUAAUCCGCCAGCCCAAUGCUGCACUGUUGGUGUCAAGCACGAAGGUGAACCAACCGGCAAAUCCAUUAAAAUCGGGAGCAUCGAAGCCUACGUCGCGGAGCCCACCGGUAAGAACAUCCACAAAGGCACCGCAAUCCUCUAUCUCCCCGACGUAAUCGGCAUCUGGCAGAACUCGCAAUUGAUGGCCGACCAACUCGCUGUCAACGGAUACUACACCAUCAUCCCAGAUCUGUUUAACGGCGAUGCAUUGAAGCUCAAUCGACCGGCUGGUUUCAAUCUGAUGGAGUGGUUGGCCAAGGGAACGGGCGGGAAUAAUCCACAUACGUACGAGUAUGUGGAUCCGAUUGUCGAGAAGAGCAUUGCUUGGUUGAAGGAGCAGGGGUUCAAGAAGAUUGGGAGUGUUGGGUAUUGCUUUGGAGCCAAAUACACUAUUCGUUUCAUGCCAAAGGGAAAGGGCAUCGAUGUCGGUUACGUUGCUCACCCUUCUUUCGUGGAGGAAUCCGAGCUCGCUGCCAUCUCUGGACCUCUCUCGAUUGCUGCCGCAGAGACAGAUCAGAUCUUUCCGGCCGAAAAACGCCACAAGUCCGAAACGAUCCUCAUUGAGACUAAGCAGCCGUACCAGAUUAACUUGUAUAGUGGUGUGAGCCAUGGUUUCAGUAUUAGGUGUGAUACGAGCAAGAAGAUCGAGAAGUUUAGCAAGGAGCAGGCGUUUUUGCAAGCUGUGACCUGGUUUGACGAGCAUUUGGUUUGA